UCUGAAGGCUCGAUAUCUGUAGACAGGACUGUCGGUAGAUCAGAAGACAUGAAGGAUUGUGCUGCCUUUCGAGCGCUUCUGAGGAAUGAACUGCUAAGUGAUAAUAUCGAUGGCGUUCGGGUAGGUAUAUUUCUGGUUAUCUACAGGGUGCCGUAUAAAGUAUUGGACGCUCCCGAGCUUCAGGACGAUUUUUAUUUGAACUUAGUGGACUGGUCUAGUCAGAACUUGCUAGCUGUUGGUUUAGCAUCUAGUGUAUAUUUGUGGAACGCAUUUACCAGUCAUGUGACGAAGCUGUGUGAUUUGACAGCCGACGCAGAUUCCAUUACGUCGGUUAACUGGUCAGAGAAAGGUGAGACAUUGGCCGUAGGAACGCAACGAGGCUACUGCCAGAUCUGGGAUGUGGCUAGCCAAAAGAAGGUUUUAAAUUUGGAAGGACAUUCGUUGCGAGUCGGAUGCUUAGCUUGGAAUGGCGAUCUGGUUUGUUCCGGUAGCAGGGAUCGUCUGAUCUUACAGCGAGAUACUCGUAUUUCGCCAUUGGGUUCUGCUCGGCGACUCGCUAGUCACAAACAAGAGAUAUGCGGAUUAAAAUGGUCUCCUGAUCACCAGUAUCUGGCUUCUGGAGGCAACGAUAAUCGACUGUUAGUGUGGGAUCUGCGAAGCGCAAGACCAGUUCAGACUUACGGCCAGCAUUUGGCUGCUGUAAAGGCAAUCGUUUGGUCACCACAUCACCAUGGACUUCUAACAUCAGGUGGCGGAACGGCUGACCGAUGCAUGCGGUUCUGGAACACGUUGACUGCGCAACCAAUGCAGAGCAUUGACACUGGCUCACAGGUAUGCAACAUAGCCUGGUCGAAGCAUUCGUCUGAACUGGUCAGCACACACGGCUACUCCCAGAAUCAAAUCAUUAUUUGGAAGUAUCCUAGCCUGCAACAGGUCGCCAAGCUUGUUGGCCAUACGUAUCGUGUGCUGUAUUUGGCCACAUCUCCGGAUGGCGAAUCUAUUGUUACCGGCGCUGGUGAUGAAACGCUGAGGUUUUGGCGCGUGUUUAACAAGGAGAAGAGUAAACGAGUAAGUACUCUGUUGAUCUUUCAGCAGGUUCGGCACCGUUCUUCCAUGGUAAACUAG